UUUUCACCGUUUUCACGAGACUCGUGGUGUUGAGUCUCGUGCAGUUUAUUAGCUUUGUGUCGUAAUAUUUGGUGAAAAACAGGUCGGACACGAUGGAAUACAUGAGCCAACAUAGUUCUGCUGCUGCAAGCGCUGAAACAGCAGCAAAGAAUAAAAUUCUGUGCUGUGAGUGCGGAGUUCCCAUCGAACCAAACCCGUCGAAUAUGUGCGUGGCCUGCCUGCGGACACACGUCGAUAUCACGGCCAACAUUCCCAAACAGGCGGUGAUAUUUUUCUGCCGGAAUUGCGAACGCUAUCUCAAUCCACCCAGCGAGUGGGUUCAGUGCAGUUUGGAAUCCAAGGAGCUGCUGUCGGUUUGCCUGAAGCGCCUCAAAGGAUUGAAGGAGGUAAAGUUGGUUGAUGCUGGGUUCGUGUGGACGGAACCACACUCGAAGAGAAUCAAGGUGAAGCUGAGCGUGCAUGGGCAAGUGAUGGAUGGAGUUGUUUUGCAGCAGGUUUUUGUGGUGGAAUUCACCGUCAACAAUCAAAUGUGCGAUGAUUGUCAUCGGGUUGAGGCGAAGGAUUUCUGGCGCUGUUUGGUGCAGGUUCGCCAGAAGGCUGUCAACAAGAAGACCCUCUUCUAUCUGGAACAGAUGAUCUUGAAACACAAAGCUCACGAGAAUACACUCGGCAUUAAGUCCUCCCCGUCGGGUGGGCUCGACUUUUACUACGCAACCGAUGCUCACGCUCGAAAAAUGGUCGAUUUCAUCCAUGCGGUACUUCCAAUCAAGGUAAACAAUUCGAAGAAGCUGAUUUCGCACGAUAUUCACAGCAAUUCGUACAACUACAAAUAUUCGUACGCGAUCGAUGUGGUGCCGAUUUCCAGGGGAAGCUUGGUGUGUUUGAACAAGAAACUUCAGCAGCAACUUGGUCACAUUUCACCGAUUUGUUUGGUUACUAAAGUGGCUAACUCAAUCCAUUUGAUGGAUCCCAGAACCGCGCAGAUGGCCGAGGUUCAUAAUAUGGCCUUCUGGAAGAAUCCGUUCGAAGCGAUCUGCAACCCCAAACAGAUGGUGGAGUUUAUCGUGAUGGAUGUGGAAAUUGUGCGAGACAAUGAGAAGAAAAAUUUUCCCGGUCAGGGUCCGGUUUCGUUUCGUCACAUUCUGGCCGAUGUUUGGGUCGUCAAAGCCGCCGAGUUGGGAAUCAACGAGAACACGAUACAUACACGCUCCCAUCUGGGUCACUUGCUGAAACCGGGCGACUCUGUGUUGGGUUUCGAUCUGCAGGAUGCCAACGUCAACAAUGCUGAGUUUGAGAAGCUGAAGCAGGACUCGGUGCCUGAUUUGCUGCUGAUUAAGAAGUACUACGACAAGAACAGCAGAAAGCAGGCGCGAAACUGGAAGCUGAAGCAUUUGGCCGAAGACAUUGCGGUGGAUACAGACAUUGAGCAGGAUUAUAACGAGUUUCUGGAGGAUUUGGAAGAAGAUCCGGACAUGCGACAGAAUGUUAACAUUUUCAAGGACACCAGCAAGGUUAUUCCAGUCGAUGUAAACGACAUGGCAGAUCCAUCCGUACCGAGGAUAACGCUGGAGGAAAUGUUGGACGAUUUAGUGCUGGAUGACGUGGAGAUGGGAGAGGCGUAAAUGAAAUACGUUGUACUUUUGUUUUGUUACAAAAUAAAUUACCAUUUAUUUGAGACAA